UAGAGCUAUUUCUUAUACUCACCCGUGAAAUAAUUUACGUAAUUAAGAUAUCGUUAGAUUUGUCUUAAUAACCCAAGUGUUCUUAGUUAGGUGAAAUUAAAAAAAAAACAACAAGACGACUGUAAGACGCUAUAGACUCAAGGUAAAAAAAAAAAAAAUUCGAAUAUCUCUAUAUGGGUGUCAAAUUCAAGAGCUCAUCAAGAGGAUUUCAAAAUGAUACAUCAUGGCCAAAAUAAAAGAACGUACAAUUAGAAAAACAUUAUUUAUUAAACGCGAUACAAAAUUUAGGUGCGAGCAGGUUAGGGCAGUUUUAAAUUUUUUUUAAUUAUUGACUUGUUGUAAUAGAUUAAAAAAGUGCAUUAAAAUGUGUAAUUGUAUGUGUAUAUGAACUGAAGUCGAUUCUGUUUGUGGACUUGUUUUUGUGUCUCUUUUUUGCGAUAGCCAGUGCGUGUAAUAUAAUGAAUGGUGUUACAAGAUGCCGGUCAGUCUCGGCCAGCUCUCGCGCUCGCGGGUCCUUCCGGAGGGCCGUCAAAUAUAUCCUCAGAUUUGUGUUGCGCCCACCGCCAUCUGUUGACGAAAAGUCGGACCUACGUGUUUUAGUGAAAUCGUAUGGGACCAUAGAAAAGGCAAUCAUGACGGCGAACGGCAAAUUGGAGAAGAAUGCGAAAAGCGACUCUUCCAUCGCCACGCUUGACGAGGCCAUGAUGUUGACAGGAUUUGGAAUAUACAACAUCCUGCACAUGCUGCUGAGCGGGCUGAUCCUCAUGGGCGUCAUCAUGCAGAGCCUGGUGAUGGGGUACGUGAUGCCGGCCGCGCAGUGCGACCUGGAGCUGACCCUCACGCAGCGCGGCUGGCUCGCGGCCAUCCCCUUCCUUGCUAUCAUCCUCACGUCAUACUUCUGGGGCUGGCUGGCUGACACGCGUGGACGCCGUUUCGUCAUGCUCUUCUCUAUGAUGAUCUCCGCGGUCUUCUCUGUGCUGGCCAGCUUGGCGCCGGACAUCAUCUCCUUCGGUCUUCUCUCUUUCUGCUCCUCUAUUUUCAUGUCUGGUCCGUCGGCAGUCGUGUACACCUUCCUGGGCGAGUUCACCAACCUGCGGCACCGAGACAAGAUGGUGGCCUUCGGCUCCUCGUUUGUCGGCAUCGGAACCGUCGUCCUACCAGCGAUAUCCUGGUUGAUUCUCCCUCUGGAGUUCUCUCUCCCAGUGCCUUUCCUGGGAAUCGCAUACCGUCCUUGGAGACUUUUGAUAGUGGCAUGCACGCUGCCAUUCAUUCUUGGCACCCUGUUCCUACUCAUCGCCCCGGAAAGUCCCAAGUUCUUAAACGCUUCGGGGCAGUCGGAAGAAUGUUUAGUUGUGCUGAGGAAGAUUUAUGCAGUUAACAGAAGAUUACCUGAGGAUACUUAUCCGGUUAAAACCUUAGUAUCAGAAGCUCACAACACCAAGCCCAAGGACAGCAAGGGUUUGGCUGCCAUCUUCGCAUCAAUGCGAGACCAGACAGCCCCUCUGUUCCGCUCUCCCUUACUGCCGUGGACCUGUCUCACCUGCUUCGUACAAUUCGGAAUAUUUGCUACUACUAACGGCUUCUACAUCUGGUUCCCAACGAUCUUGAACUCGCUCGCAAACCACGAGGGCGCGGAGACCAGGAUAUGCGACGUGCUGGAUGCCAAUCAGGCCAACAAGGCCAGCGCUUCUAAUGGAACACUGAUCAAAUGCGACGACACCAUGAACACAGCAACCUUCGAGAUGUCGAUCUACACGGGGCUGGUGUUCUGCUCCAUGUACAUCAUGGUGGGCUUCCUCGUGGACUUCCUGGGCAAGAAGCUGAUCCUGGUGGUGCUGCUAGCCAGUACGGGGUUAUGUGGGAUCGCAGCCCACCACGCCUCUAACCAGCAGCUGGCGGUGGCUCUGUUCGCAAUUUUCCAAAUGUGCGGCGCGUGUAUUGGACUCACGAACGCUGUGACCGUGGAACUAUUCCCUACUAAAUAUAGGGCGAUGGCAGUGUGCCUGUCGAUGAUGAUGGGCCGCGUGGGCUCCAUGGUGGGCUCCAACCUCAUCGGCCUGUUCCUCACCGUCAACUGCGGCGCCAGCUUCUACCUCUUCGGCGCCAUUGUCAUAGUGUGUUCAUUAUGCUGUCUCACUCUGCCGGCCAAGAAGAAUGCUCCCUCCCUCGAAAAACAGAAGACAGAAGUGACUCAACACCAAACCCAUGAACCUGUAUGAGUGCAUAUCAUGUAGUUGAGUAUUCUCGGAUAUUCUCGAGAAUUCCUACAGUUUAUAUGAUGUAUAGGAAUUGUACGUUUACGUAUAAUGAACCCAAAGAUUUUAUAAUAUCAGAUAUGUUAACGCAUCGAAACUCGGGCGACGAAUGGUGGCUCAUUGUCUUAAUUUCAUUUAGUCGCAUUUUUGCGGCGAUUUUGCAGGCACGUAGUGUAUCUAUAGUAUAAAAUAUCAUUGGAUGAACAUCUAUUUCUCAUGAGCUUUUUUGAACAGGUCGGCAAAAUCCGUUUAAGUUUAUUUUUUGUUUAGAUUUUUCUUGAAUACUCGUAAGUUAAAAAUGCAUAAUAUUCACUUGAUAGCAAGUAAUGAUCGUAAGUAGAAUUUUAUUGUACAUAUUAGAAAAGUAGAUAAAUAAAUUAUGUACAUACAUAUACAUACAAGCUACUCUAAAGAUGAUAUAGGUAUAAUUUUAGUUUAUUUUUAAUUUUAGAUUUAGUUAUAUUAUUUUUGUUAAUAUAUCUAAGAGUAUACAUGUUCCAUGUACUAUACGAUUUUUUUAUAUUUAAUUUUUCAAAUUCCCUAUUAGAAUCCUUUUCAUGAAAGAAGUCCUGCAGCUAAAACCUGAACUAAAACUGACAGCGCCUUACACAAAUGACAAUAAGACCGCCAUUUACCAAAUAACGAUGAGCGCCAUUAAGACAUUAGCACCGCGUCUGGGGGAUUUCUUUCAUGAAAAGGACUUUAAAUGUCUGUGGCUACCUGCUGGGCAAUAAUUCUUAUGUGUUCACGUCUCAAAAAAAUAUGAUAAUUUUUUUUCAAUCUAGUAAAACGUUAUGAACAAUUAUAGACCAUUUUAAAAAAGUGUCACCUAUCCUAUUGUCUGGGGACAUGUUAUUCCGAAGAAUAUAUAAAUAAAACUAGCGGACGCCCGCGACUUUGACCACGUGAAAUUUAUUUUUUCACAAAUCCCUCGGGAACCAUAGAUUUAUCCGGGAUGAAAAGUAGCCUAUGUGUUAAUCCAGAGUAAAAUCUAUUUCCAUUAUCAUCGUUCUCAUCAAUUACCUAUGGUAGGACCAUAGGCUACACAUGGUAUAGAAAUGGGAUAUACGCUCAGACCAAUUAUUGUAUAGGACCUGCCUCGCUAGACGUUACUUUUCUGUCAAAGUAUAUGAUCAACGAUCUAUGAUCGAUCUAUCGUCUCUAUAGAAUCGAUGUUAAAUAGUUGUAAUCGUGUUCGUCGGUUAAAGAGCUCCGUAAAAAUACCUUUUUGUGUAAUUGAAUUGUAUAAAAAACGGGCAAAAACUUCCAGCUUAGUAUAAGAUAUAUACCAAAUCUAAGCUCGUUUUCCUCAGAAAAUGACAGAAAAUAUUGUUCGUGACUAUGAGUGCGAUACAGGUCCUUCUAUAAUUGGUCUGAGGAUAUACGUUCAACUUAAUUAUAAAAUAAGUAAGGUCUGGCUAUAACAGGCCCUUACUAUAAAAGCCUUGCGCACAUUGAAUCUCGUUUGCGUUUUAUUAAGUUCGUACCAAUCGCAAAGUGCGUCAGUGCGUCCUCGCUAGCUUGUGAUUGGUAGGACACGAGAUGAAGUCUUGAACGCAAACGCAAACGCUUAAGUAUGCGCAAGUCUUAAUGAAUAAUGACAAACUGUGAUAAUUUGUGUAGAUGAUAAGUUAUAUAGAAGUGUACAUAAUAUUUUUAAGAAAAAUAAACAAUUAAGAUACAA